AUGGUGGAGCUUGCGGGAGUGGAUGCGGUGUGCAUCAUCUUUCUCCAAGGGAUCACUGCGGUAUCGUUGUGUGCGGUUGUCGUGCAAUCUGUGUGCAAAGGUCAACUUCCCAACAUGGUCGUUCAGAUGCAGUAUGGCUUCUGCAGCCUUCGAGACCACUGGGCUCAGGUUGCCAAGCCCAAGCCCGGCAACGCACGUGUGCAGGCGAAGUUUGUGGCCACUUUGUGCAGUCUUCUGACCAACAUCGCCAGGAUUUCAGCGGUCGCUCUUUUUCUGCGACUACUGGCUAUUCAGGGCCCGCUGAUGAGAAAUCAGCCUCAUCAGCUGCAGCCUUCGCUGGACAUCUCAAACCUCAUCUCAUAUCCAAUCAUGUUCUUUCUGGCCGUGUUCCACGACAAGGUCAUCUCCGGCAGAACAUUGGAUGUUUGGUAUGUCCUGCUGCAAGCGCUUUGUGUGGUUCCUUUGCUCUCCACUACGCCACAGGAUGUUACUAGCGUCUCCCUCGUAACUUUGCUUUCUCGCGUCACGUUGGGUUUGUGCCCGACGCGUGGGUGGCUUCCAAUUGUUGGGAACGUGAUUCACUGGAUCUUAGCUGUGAAACAGGUGGAGUUCCGAUUGCAAAGCGAUGUCUUUCUCGCACAGUCAGCCGAACUUGUUCUACUAUUCUCCGGCGUGUUCCCCCUCAGGCACGCAUUGUAUGAAAAUAUCAGGAUGAGUUUUGAGUUGAACACACGUACCAUUGAUCUCUCAGCGGUGUCGGGACUGCUUCUCGGAUACUGUGACGCGGUGGUCGAAGUUGAUAGCAGCUUGAAACUCACAGACGACUCUCGGCAGUUGUCCACGUUGCUUCUGCACGGGCAUGGCAUCUCUGCUGGAAGUUUGGCCGGCUACGACUUCCUCAGCUUUUUCCAUGUGGACGACCGGGAACACAUCAGGGUUUCAUUGGGUGCGAAAAACCAGAGCACACAAGCUUUGGCUCUCAACGCUCGGAUGCAGGAUUGCUUGGGCAACUUCGUGAAAGUUGAGAUCUUGUUUACGUCCUUCCAGAAUGCUGAUGGCGAAGAGUGUCGCUUGGUAGGAAUGCGUGAAUUCCAGGAUUUCAGCUCUGUUGCUGUGCCGCUUCCUGCAGGUCCUGCACUCUCACCAGCAGAGGCAAGUCCAUCGCAGGAUCUUUGUUCCGUUGCCUUUGAUGCCACGUCCUUCGACAUCCUCUCUGUGUCCGCAGCCUUCAAGAAGCUUUGCUCCUCAGUGUGUUAUGGAUCCCGAGUUUGA